CUUCCUCCCAUCAAACGGACAGGAAAACAGCGAAAAGUCAAGCAUACUUUCUCCUUGGCUCAUUUCUAACCAUUGAUGCCCAACUGUGAGGCCUGAGUUGGGUGUCCAUAUUGCCACCAGCCCGUCGCCUGCUGGCUUGCUGGACGACAAGCAAGCUCGACUUGAUUCACAGCCGUUUCUUUUUCAGCAACAUACCAAAACAAAACCAGCAGAAUCAGCAAAAAAAAAAAAAUGGCCCCAAGCCUCGCGACCGCCUACCGCGACUCGAUGCGGCGACACCGCUUCGGGUACGCGCUGCACGAGCCGGCGCUCUUCACGCGCCUGCGGCCGGGAAUGCUGGGGUACCUCGACGACGAGUACCAGCGGUGGCACCCGAUCCUAGACCUCGUCGACGAGGCCGCCGUGAGCGCCGCCGGCUACGGGCCGCUCCUUCCGGGCGGGGGCCAGCUGCGGCCGAGCGAGCCCGACGCGCGCCGGAUGGGCCCUCUCAAGUCGGAGCGCGUGGCCGAGACGACGGUGGAGCUUGGGACUGAGGUCUCGGGCCUCGCGACGGCCGGCCUGCCCGUCGGCGUGGGCGGGGCGGUGCGCUACAGCUCGUCGGGCGGCUUCGGGGCCGUGCUGCUGUGCGGCGGCGACGUCGUGUCCGAGGGCUUCGACUUCCGCGACCCGUUCCGCGCCUGGAUUCAGCGCCACGCCAAGGCGCUGUUUGCGGCCUACCCGGACGCCAAGAAGCACGGCCUCUGCGCCGCGACGUGGACCUACUCGUCCGUCGACGUCGGCAUCGCCACGUGGGAGGACAGCAAGGGCAGCGCCGUCGUCGGCUUCAAGGCCGGGGUCGCCGGGGUCGCAAAGGUCGAGCCAAAGGUGUCGUGGACGCGGGGCGCGUCGACGGGCGGCUGGGCCGUGUGGAAGGACCAGAAGCGCGUCGUCUUCUUCAGCGGCGUCAGAAUCAAGCCAGGCCUCUUUGGGUCGACGCGCGAGCAGCCCGAGAAGGACUGGCGCGGCGCCGACGACGGCUUCUUCGUCGAGGAUGAAGAGGGGGGUUCCUACAGGGUCGGGGUGGAGGAGUUUGGAGACGAUUGGGGUCUGAUUUGCAAUGAUGGAGUGGAGGAGGAGGAACCUGCUACUGGCGAUGAUCAAGAGAAGGCGUAGAUUGUGAAACUAUCAGACGCCGAAAUGGACAAAUGGAACCCACAGCGAGUUCAUAGUCGGUCUCGGUCCACCCCCGACCGUGCCCUUUCUGUCCCCAUCGUUUUUGUUUCCC